UGGCCUUAACUGGUUUUCAUUGUCAGGUAACAACUUGACGUAGCAUGGGUUAGGCUACAAGUUAGUUAAAAGAAUGUUUUAAAUAUUAUCUUUCAACAAAAACAUGUGGUGGUUACUUUUGUUAAGUUAUGUUACUAUUGGAUCUUCAUUACGACUCACGGCGUACAUUUCUUCUGGCGGACUUCAUGGAGAAAUUCGAUUUGAAAAAGUUACGGAAACAUCCGUGAGAAUUCGAUUUUCACUUCAAACUACCCUUCAAUAUCCAGACCAACAAUGGUUUUGGUCAGUUACUCAGUUUCCUGUCGAUUACACGCUUAUAAAUGAUAGAUGCGAUAGACAACAUCUCGGCGAGAGUAUUAUCGACUUAACGGAACUUGUUGGACCAAUUGAAAUGCCUGGAAACGAAACAGGAUCAGUAGAAGUUUCAAAUAUAAGUCUAACUGGAGAAAUGGGCUUAUGGGGUAAAGGCCUAUUACUUAAGGAUACAUAUUCAGAUAGAACCAUUUGUGCUUCAAUUACGGUCCUUGAAAAAAAUGUAGAAAAAUUUGCAGCAGCACAUUUUUACGGAAAUGUAGCAGGAACCAUUUGGUUCCGAUGGUUGGGAGGUCAUGCAGGUGAUAAUACCAGUGAUACAAUAAUUUAUGCGGACUUAUAUCAUGUUAAUAAUAAAAAAUUGCAAGGCGUUGAUUAUACGGAACAUAAUUGGAAGAUUUAUGUAACCGAUAUUUUUGACAUUAGCAAAGACAAAUCAAGUUGCAAUAUUUUGCAAACUGUAUUUGAUCCUGAUAAUGCGGGUAACGGGGAAGGUAUUGGUGAUAUUGAUAUGCGAUUAGGUAAAAUAAAAGUGGCUACAAAUCAUCAUAAAAGAUAUAAAACUCUGUACAGAGAUUCAAAACUAUCUCUGCUACCUGCUGAUUUACUUGGACCUCAUCGUUUAUUGUAUUUAGUUAUUUUUCAUCCAACACAUGAUGAUUCAUUUUUAGUUUGUACCAAAAUUAAUCAUAGGAAAACUAUUUUCGCCAAAACAUUCAUUAAUUCUAAUGGCAUCAAAGGAGAGAUAUCGCUAAACCAGGUAACUCCAUUUGAUCCAACAUGGGUUAAUAUAUCCUUAGUACCAGUUGACUUGGAAACAAGAUUACGUUAUGCUACUAAAAUAAAAUCAUACAGAAUUCAUGAGUUACCUCCAGAACCAGCAAAUAGUUUAAGUAAAACUGCUGAAAUAUGUCAAACAACAAAAAAAACCUACAAUCCAAAUAAUAUUGACGAAACAACUGCACCACCUCCAGGACUUGGUACUCAGGAUCAGUAUGCUAUUGGUGAUCUUUCGGGAAAACUUCAAGGUCGUAAAGAGGGAUCGUAUCAUUAUGAUAUUUUACCAGAAAGUGCUAAACUUACUGGAAUCUAUUGGGACACGUAUCUUCCACUGUCAGGAAUACAUAGUGUAAUUUAUCGCGGCCUUAUACUUCAUAAGUAUAAUGAAACUGACAAUAAAGGUGUUAUACCAUGGGUUUGUGGAACUUUAAGUCUUUAUUUGCCAGAUAAUACUGGACAAAUGCCAAUAUUAACUGCAGAAGUAGUGUACAGAUAUCCUAUUGUGGGAAGAAUUAUUUUCCGUCAACCGAAGAAUGAUCCACAAAUGGAUACUACUAUUAUCAUUGAAAAUCUGAUACAUGCAGAUGGUAAUGCUUUAAACAAUUCAGCACUCCAUAGAUGGAUGAUUCAUGACAAUCCACCAGGAAAAGAUUAUUAUAAUUGGACAGGCAGAUGUUUAAGUACUGGAGAGUCUUACAAUCCUUACAAAGUAGAAUGGGAUACAAAUAAGUCUGAAUAUUGUUCAUCGUUAAUAAUAACAUCGUGCCGUGUUGGUGAUUUAACAAGACACGGUACACUUGAUAUUGCUGGUAAAAAACAGUAUGGAACCCUACUUACUCGAAAACUUUUUACUGACACAAUGAUAGCUUUAUCAGGACCUAAUAAUGUAUUAGGAAAGAGUUUAGUAAUAUAUGAUGAUCAUGGACCCAAGGCGCGAGGAGAAAGAUUAGCAUGUUCGAUAAUUAGUGAAACGUAUCGCCGUAAGGCUGUAGCAAAGGACUGGUUCGGAAAUGGACAAAAUAUUCAAUUAAGAGGAAAAUUAGAAUUCUUACAACAAACUGAAUAUGAUAUCACAAAUGUAGAAGUAAAUCUUGAUGGUCUUGAUGGCAAAAUAAAAGGAUAUCAUGUACAUAUGACUCCAAUAGAACUAGAUUUAGAAUUUCCAUGUGAGGGUACAUCUUUAUAUGAAACUUGGAAUCCAUUGAAUGUUAAUACAAGUAAUAUACCGCGUUCUACUGAAGGAACAACUGAUCAAUAUAAAAUGGGUGAUCUCAGUGGAAAAUUUGGUACUCUAGAAAACAGAAAAAGAUAUAUGUCAGCUUUCAAUGAUACAAUGCUUCCUUUAUUUGGAUCAAGAAGUAUAUUAGGUAGAAGCAUAGUGAUUCACAAAAAAGAAAAAAAUUUACGAUGGGCUUGUUCAACUAUAGAAAGGGGAUACUCACCAUCUGAAGCUAGCGAGCUGAAAGCAAUUGCUUCUUUUCAUCAUCCUCAAGGAUAUGCAUAUGGUUACAUACGAAUGGCACAACUUGUUCACCGAGAUGGUAGCCAAAGUGAAACAAUAAUUGAAGUAAAAUUACGACAUCCGGGUAAACACGAUCGCAAUAUUACAAGGAACCACAAUUGGGCAAUAUAUGUAAAUCCAGUUGGUGUAGACGCAGCUGUUAAAGUAAAAGAUACUAGAUGUGUGGCAGGUGGAUAUAUGUGGAAUCCUUACUUUACCCAAUUAGCUGAUCCAUUGAAUGAUGAUUUAUAUAAACAAGAAUGUGGUCCUGAUUUACCGUUAAGAUGUUAUGUAGGUGAUAUAUCAGGCCGAUUAGGUCCUAUUGAUAUAGGACUGAGAAGACAAGUUUUUACAGAUUCGAACUUCCCUUUAGCAGGACCAGUGUCUGCAAUGGGAAGAUCUAUUGUCGUUUUUGAUCAAAAUUUUGGAAGUAACAGAUUUGCUUGUGCUAAUAUUGAACCAGAUAAUGAUAUUGUAAAGUACACAAAUAUAAGAAAACCGCCCCGUUUUGUAGUAGCCCAAUUUUUAGAAGAUAUAAGGAAAGUUAUGGGUAUUCCUGAAUGGAUGUUAUCCAUAGACAGCAGAAAAACUAAAAUCUUACAUAAUGGAGCAUGUAUUCAGUUUCUGCUACACUUUAAAGGUCCAAUUGCUAAUAAAUUAGAAAUGGAUUUUAACAAACUCAUAUCUACUGGGAAAUUAGAUGCACCUAGUUUAUCCAUUCAUGGAUAUGUUCCUAUAAAACGGAAAGCAACUUCAGGUUAUCGUCAAUGUGGAAAUCGAGAUCCAAAUGAUAAAUCUUUCAAUCUUUUACUGGAAAAUGCUUCUUCAUUACUGUUACCAGAGUUUAUGAUAAUUGUUGUAACAUUUGUUGUUGUCAGCGUUAUAUAAUAAGUCUAAAAUUUACAUUUCAUAUUUUUGUAUACU